CCGGCGGGAGUCGAGGGUGCGGCGCAUCGAGUCCGAGGAUGAUGACGAUGACCGCGCGACGGCAGUCGCGGCGUCGCAGCUGGCGCUCGUGGCGGACCCCCGGCAGCCGCCGUCGCGCCGCCGGGGGCCGCCGAGGACGCGGCGGCGCAUCGCGUCCGCUGAUGACGAGGAGCUCAAGGCGGCGUUCGCGGCGUCGCUGAAGUCGCUCGAGGCGGACGAGCAGCGCCGGGAGGCGGGCGGCGCGGCGACGCCGGCGCCCGAGGCGGACUUGAACGACAUGCGCGGCGUGCUAGGAACCGACAAUGACGACGACGACGACGACGACGACGAGAACCAGUGGGGGCGGUCGCGGGACCAGGACGAGGACGAGGUAGAGUCCGAUUCCGAGGAGGAGGAGGAGGAGAAGGAGCAGUUGGCGGCGCCGACGCGCGGCGCCGACGCGCUGUCGUCGGCUGUGCCCUGGCAAUUACCGGCGAAAGCAAUUCUUAGAGCGUUGGAGGAGGCGCAGAGCAAGAAGAUAGCCAAUCCGCUCGAAUACCUCAAGGACCUGCUGAAGGGCUACGGCUUCUACGGUUCUACCUUCGAAUGGACAAAUAGUCAUUGCACCAUCCAUGUGCCGGACGGCUUCCCGAACUACUGGAAGCUCUGGGGGAAGGACAAGAAGAGGGCUGACCCAGGUCGUCAUAAAACUUUCUCGACGCCCCGAGACCUCGUUAGCUACCUCGAGAAAGCGAUCAGGCUCGCCGACACCGGCGUCGACCUGCCCCUCGAGAAGGAAGGGAUCAAGCCACCCGGGAAGAUGCUCUCGUCAGUCAGAGGUUGGGGUGCUGAUGACAGAAAUAACAGGAGGCCGCUUGACCCACGUGUGGUAGAUGCUGCGUUGCCCCCCAAUGCACCUCCCUUUGCAAGACCAGUCUCUGAAUUCUUUGGAGCGUCUUGGCGUUACUUGUUUCAGUGAAGAGGUCGCCGAGGUCGCGGCCGAGAUCUACGCCCUUGAGACCGCAAGAGACGACGGCGAGGGACCACUUCCCGCCCUCACAGAGGCCUUCUUGACUUGUGCUAUUGAAGGCCUGGGUAAUGAUUGCGUCUUCGACGCCAUCAAAGAGCUCGCGAAGAAAGCGCCCGAUGCCAAUCUACGGCUAGCACUUGCGUCCAACACUGGAGCCUUGCGGGACGUGGCGGGCGUCUCCGCGGGCCUCCCGGUCCCCAUCAACGGAGACGCACUCGAAAGGAUUGGCAAAGCGCUCGACGAGCGCGCUGUUGUCGUGUUCAGUGAUACUGGCGCGACGACCAUCCUCGGAGAUGCGUCGCGCGGCAAUUUUCUGUGUCUAUUUACCACUGGGUCUGGCCGUCUCAUGCACGUUAUACAAGCUGCUAUCGCUGACGGGGCUCAUUUUAUUGUCAAGAACGAGGGCUUCUUCAACAACAAGUACCUCGGCACCGCAGACGAGCCGCCAGGGUCGCCUCGGGAUGAGGAGCCUGAGACGGUUGGUAACGACGACGUGUCCAACAGGCGGAACUCGUUAACUACGGACGCCGCACCGCGCGGCGGCCCAAGCCGGAACAACCCUUGCGGUGGUGAAACUGCGCGGACAUCAAAUUCCCGUGGCCUUCGUCAAAAUCGUCGCGUCCGUAGACUCGACGGCGUCGCUGCGCACGUCACCGCUCGACUCAGACAGCACUGCCGCCGCAGCGCCGCGUCGGCGCCGCGCAUUGCAUGCGUCUCAGGUGUCGAUUUCCGCACAGGCGGCGAGUGGCCCACAAAACCGUCGUCCAACGCCGACGCGGUCAAGCGGCUCGCCUGCGGAAGAAUGGCGUCGGCUUGCUGUGCAACCAUCGAAGGACGACGGCUUUUGAGACCUGAACGCCACAUUACGAUCGAUACCAUUGUGCGCACGUGCGCCAAAGCGGAGGCGGCGUGGGACAGCCUGACCCCUCUAAAACGGCGACGGGCUGCGAAACUAGAGCUGGCGGGCGAAUGGAUGAUCGACAAUGGUGUGAGAAAGCUAUAUCUUCACCGUGCGUGCUAUCGGGCCUUUGAACAUCUCAGGCUCGAACGUCCACUCGCCAGUGUCAGGGUCAUCGAGUCAGACGUGGUGAUGACCGACGCCGCGGCACCGCUCGACACGUCCGGGCCACCUACGUGGCCUGGCAAUUUUCCAAAAGGCGCCGUGGCGACUGUUUUACCGGCGGGACGAAAGGUCGUGAUUCGUCGGGACGGCGGCGACGUGGUCCACUUUCAGCUGGCGCAGGAUGCUAGUCAGCUUGAGUAUGGUGAGACGAAGAGUUUCAAGGAUGCCUCGAUCUAUGAUAAGGAGGGCGUUUUAGUCGCGGGCGUGAGAAGGGACGGAAACGGUGUCAUAAUCGAAGGCACCGGCCUCACCGGACACCCGGACCCGAGGGCGGGGAAUAACGGUUAUCCCGAGAGUCAGGUCAAGGUCCUGACAGAAAAGGAUGUCGCCCUUUUCGAACCGUUCCUGAUCCAGCCGCCCGCCCGUGGAAAGAAGCGGACGGUGCACGCCUACGCCGCAUCUGGAGACGAGAUGGCCACUGUAAUCUUCGCGCCCUCCGACGGCAGAACAGUAGAUUCGUCGCAGUUACGGGCCUUAAUUGACACGGCGUUUAAAAAGGUCGAUGAGGCGCUGCGCCAGAAAGGGCUCAAGAAUGACCAGAAGACGGGCGGUUCUUACUGGCCCGCCGGAGUUGCAGGCAGCUUUGUUUCAAGUACCACGGGGCCGAACCCCACGCGCACCAUCAACACCGGAACGGGCACUGUUGUCGUUCCCUGGAUACGCGCGGACACGCACAAGCCAGUCGUGGAGUCGGUGAUGGCGGCCGUGGCUCCGGUAAUCGGACAGUGCGCCGAGAUUAUACACCGUGAGGUUCCCGACGUACUCGAGGCUAUGUCCCAGGUCGCAAAUCAUCCGGUCAUGCACGACACGCUCAUGUUCCCAACCCACGACAUGCAGCACCCGGACGACGACGCGCGCUCGAAGCACUCCCUAUCUGUGAACCAGGUCGUAGUCCGCGUGGCCGGCGAGCCUCUCGGUCUGGAAGCUGGCUCCCGUCAUGUGAAGGAGAGGUCAUUUCAGCCCUGCGGGCUGCACGCCGACAGCGGGGACGUACGUCACCCUAGGGGCUCGCCCCUGAUCUAUGCGUACGUGAAGGAGGAAGGCGCGGCGCGAGUCAAAGGGCGGCCACUCAAAAAGAAUGAUCUCAUGAUCUUCGAAGACGAGUCUGGAGGUCGAUGCAUCCGUAUUCAGACCGCGUGUCCAAACCACGUGUGCAUUGCUAUCUUCUCGAGCGCCACGCGUCUCCACUGCAAUGUUUUUCCGAACUCGCCUGAGCCGAGGACGCCCGGCCACACCCUCCUACGCAUCGUCCCCUACACGCUCGGUGGAAUCAAGGAAUUCGCCGACGCGGUCGAGAAUGACCCGGAACUAUGGCAGGAGGUCCUCGACGGCGACUUCGACGAAGGCUUGAGGGACCGCUAUGAGCGACUUGCGAAACAUCGAGCUUCGCCGCCAGCGAGGUAAGUUGUUGCAAGUGUUA